AUGUCAACUGCUAGAUCUGAACAUUUGACUAUUGGCUAUCCCCCUAAGACUGCCAACGGUCGCUCUACCUCACCAACUACCAACAUACCUCCGGUCGAUUCAUCGGGUGCAUCUACCGUUAGAUCCCCAUUCGGCAUGUCUGGCGUCUUGAACCCAUCCGGCAAGAUGGCAGGUACCACGCGUUCCGGGGCUGGUUCUCCUUCGCACGAGACUGCCGGUUCAAGUAGACUCUUCUCCAAAAGAGCGAGAGAAAUCCAAGCUCAAGAGGGCGUUGCUGGCUUGUCUAACAACCCCUGGGGUGGCCCACCGACCAGUGGUAACUCGACGCCUUUACGAGAGAAUAUUCCCGAGUCACCGACCGACGGAUUUCCAGACUUUGCCCAGCUAUCUACUCCUGAUAGUUUACCUUCGACGCGGCGUGCGCGAGCAGGCACUGUCCCAUCUCGAUUCCCUGCUGGUGGAAUAGGAAAUGGUCUUCUCAACAUCCCUUCAAUUUCUUCCCAAUCUACUCGACCUACGCCGUCUCAGAGCCCCUUUAAGUCUCCAUCACCCAGCUUGAAUGAUGGUUCCGACUCUGCUCGAUCUUCGAACCUUUUGUCAAGACUUCGGGCUGGUUCUAUGCCACAACGUAGCCCAUUUGCCCACGGCCCCGGCAGUAGCUCGCCGUUUGGCCCAUCAGUCUUCAGUACUUGGAACCCCAGUGGUGGGCGUGAGAGGGGGAACACCCUCGCAAGCAUAGCAAGCAUUGGAUCUAAUGGGCCAAGUUCGCCGGCUCAGUCUGCGUUUUCUAAGGAAGGACCCGGAGACAAUGACGUUCAUAUGAGAACUCUUGAUUAUCUAGGUCUUGCCGAAACUCCGCAGCCAGCUCGUGCUCAGUUGGCCACCCCUUACCUGCCUGGUCUGGCUGAUUUCACCAAGCAAGCUAACCGAUUCCGUUCUUAUUCGGUCAACAAUAAGGAUAAGUAUGCAGACGAAGAAGACGACGGUUAUGACGAUGAUAGCAUGGCACUCGAAAGCCAAUAUGCUGCGCACCUCCAGGAUCAGUUGGCCGCCACUAAUGCUGCCAUUCACAGUCACAAUCUGGCAGUUCAAGGCCUUCAAGCCUUUGCAUCCCAGGCCACGGUCACUCGGCCCCGUGCCCGAACAGCUGGUGUUUUAGAGCUACAAGGGACAGGUUCGAGGUUGAUGCGAAACUACUAUCCUACUCCUUCCCGUCUUGACAACUCGAUGACGGCUGCCGAGAUUCGAUUGCCAGAAGAAAAGGAGUACGACGACCUUCCCACAGCCGUAGCAGCGAUGAAUCUAGGCAGGUCAAACAGCCGGAACAAUGGUCUUCUGACAGCAGAGGAGGCUGGCCUUGAGGGUCCUACGAGUGCACUCUGGCUUGGCAGUAUCCCAACUUCGACAACCACGUCAACUUUAACCGAGAUGUUCAAAUCGUAUGGUCCAAUUUUGUCUGCAAGGGUUUUGACGCACAAGAAUUGUGGCUUCGUGAACUUCGAGAGGGUUGACAGUGCUAUUUCGGCAAAAGCUAGCAUGAAUGGGAAGGAAAUCUUCCCCGGAGCUGGCCCGAUUCGGAUCAACUUUGCUAAGCCGCCUUCUGCAUCGAACACCCCGGGUCACGAUGGAGUGUUCCCGAGUCCUAGCCCUGAUCCCUUUGCCAAGAGCCAAGAUGGAGCUGCUUCUGGUGGCAUUGCUUCCACAGCUGAUAAUGUAGCAAACGCCUCGAACGCGGUGAACGCUGCGCCGGUAAUCCCGCCUUUGCACGAAAUGACGGCAGAUAUUCUCCAAAUCGUCAAGUCCUUUGGCGCCACAGACGAAGAUACAUACCGUAUCUCGCAUAAUCUUCAGCAAGCUAUCCAGUUCAAUACGUUUGCUGACGAAAUUCCUCCAAUUCGAGAGCCCACACACACAAGGGUUCAUGACGCGCCGAAGUUGAGGGAUAUUCGAAAGCGUAUUGACAAUCAAAGUUUGUCUCAAGGGGAUAUAGAACACAUUGCCACCGAGAUGCUCCCUGAGAUCGCCGAACUGUCCUCGGAUUAUCUGGGCAAUACCGUUGUUCAAAAGCUAUUCGAGCACUGCUCAGACAACAUCCGAGAUCUUAUGCUAGCCAAGAUCUCUCCCCACAUGGCAGAAAUCGGCGUUCAUAAGAACGGUACCUGGGCAGCUCAGAAAAUUAUUGAUGUGUGUAAGACGCCUCACCAGAUGACCCUGAUCGUUCAGCACCUGCGUGCGUACACUAUUCCAUUGUUCCUAGACCAAUACGGCAACUAUGUCUUGCAAGGAUGUCUCAAAUUCGGCGCUCCAUUCAAUGAUUUUAUCUUCGAGACCAUGCUCAGUAAGAUGUGGGAUAUCUCUCAAGGCCGAUACGGUGCGCGAGCUAUGCGGGCGUGUCUCGAGAGUCAUCAUGCUACUAAGGACCAGCAAAGAAUGCUUGCAGCAACUAUUGCGCUCCACAGCGUACAGUUGGCGACUAACGCGAACGGUGCCCUUCUAUUGACCUGGUUCUUGGAUACUUGUACAUUCCCCCAGAGGCGUAGUGUUCUAGCUCCCCAGCUUGUCCCCUACCUUGUGCAUCUCUGCACGCAUAAGGUUGCGUAUCUUACCGUUCUGAAAGUCAUUAACCAGAAGGCGGAACCAGACGCAAGAGAUGUCAUUUUGAAGGCGUUAUUCUUUACUCCCAAGGAUCAGACGCUGGAGGCUAUUUUAAGCGACCACUCAUGCGGUGCUACAUUAAUCUUCAAAGUUCUCACUACGCCGUUCUUCGACGAGAGUAUAAGGGGUCAGGUGGUAGAGAAUGUGAAAAGCGUUCUUGUCCGCAUCAAGGCACAGCCUAACCAGGGUUACAAGCGUCUGAUGGACGAAGUUGGUCUAUCUACUCGCAGUGGUGGCGGCGGAGGAGGCGGAUCCCGCGAUCAUUCUGUGGGCAACAAUCCGUCGACUGAACGACAACGACCCGCAUCCCGCCAGGCUCAGGCUAACAACGCUGCCGUACAGCAAAAUUCUCAAUACGGCAACCAGUAUCUGAACCCGCUUAAUCCUACCAGUAACGCCUCGAAUUUUGAUAUGGGCGGUUUCCCGGUACCUAGAAGUGAGAGCGUGGAGUCUGGAAUGUCUGCAUUUCCGUCGUAUGGACCUCAGGGCCCUAUGUACAAUGCAACUAGCGGAUCGAUGGCACCACCGGUAAACAUGCAACAAUUGCAGUACCAGCAAAAUAUGCUCCCGCGUGGAACACAGCCUAUGAACAACUACUUCCCGCCUAUGCAAGCAGGCUUCGGAGGGUAUAGCAAUGCAAACCCCUCAAUGGAUCAAUACCGUGGGCAGAGCGCAGCUAACGGUAGUCCUAUCCAACCGCCCGGGGCCCCUGCCGGCUUCGGCCCCCCUGGCUUCGGAAUGGGAAUGGGCAUGGGAGGUUAUGGCUAUGGCAAUGCUAUGCCCUACAUGCAAGAGCAACCGGUCAACGCCAGGCGCGGACGCGUAGGUCAACCCCCUCAACGGAAGAGGUCACCUCGACCGUAA